AAACCGGGCCUGGGCCGCCGUAAGGGGAACUCCAAGCCCGGGGGCGACGGCGCUGCUGCUGGCCCGCGACCGGGUCGGAGCGAAAGGGCAGUGGCGUCAUGUUCUCGCUGAAGCCGCCCAGACCCUCCUUCAGGUCCUACCUCCUGCCGCCGGCCCAGACUGACGAUAAGAUCAAUUCGGAACCGAAGAUUAAAAAACUGGAGCCAGUUCUUUUGCCAGGAGAAAUUGUUGUAAAUGAAGUCAACUUUGUGAGAAAAUGCAUUGCAACAGACACAAGCCAGUAUGAUUUAUGGGGAAAGCUAAUAUGCAGUAACUUCAAAAUCUCCUUUAUUACUGAUGACCCAAUGCCAUUACAGAAAUUCCAUUACAGAAACCUUCUUCUUGGAGAACAUGAUGUCCCUUUAACAUGUGUUGAGCAGAUUGUUACAGUAAAUGACCACAAAAGAAAGCAGAAAGUUCUAGGCCCCAACCAGAAACUGAAAUUUAAUCCAACAGAGUUAAUUAUUUAUUGUAAAGAUUUCAGAAUUGUCAGAUUUCGCUUUGAUGAAUCAGGUCCUGAAAGUGCCAAAAAGGUAUGCCUUGCAAUAGCUCAUUAUUCCCAGCCAACAGACCUCCAGCUACUCUUUGCAUUUGAAUAUGUUGGGGAAAAAUACCACAAUUCAGCCAACAAAAUUAAUGGGGUUUCGCCAGAAGGUGGAGGAAGAGGAGGGAUUGGAGCUGGCGGCGGCACCACCAGCCAGAAAACUCCACUAUUUGAAACUUAUUCAGACUGGGACAGAGAAAUCAAGAGGACAGGUGCUUCUGGGUGGAGAGUUUGUUCUAUUAACGAGGGAUACAUGAUAUCCACUUGCCUUCCAGAAUACUUUGUAGUGCCAAGCUCUUUAGCAGACCAAGAUCUGAAGAUCUUUUCCCAUUCUUUUGUUGGAAGAAGGAUGCCACUCUGGUGCUGGAACCACUCCAAUGGCAGUGCUCUCGUGCGAAUGGCCCUCAUCAAGGAUGUGCUGCAGCAGAGGAAAAUCAACCAGAGGAUUUGUAAUGCAAUAACUAAAAGUCAUCCACAGAGAACUGAUGUUUACAAGUCGGAUUUGGAUAAGACUUUGCCUAAUAUUCAAGACAUACAGGCAGCAUUUGUAAAGCUUAAGCAACUAUGUGUUAAUGAGCCUUUUGAAGAAACGGAAGAGAAAUGGUUAUCUUCACUGGAAAAUACUCGGUGGUUAGAAUAUGUCAGGGCAUUCCUUAAACAUUCAGCAGAAAUUGUAUAUAUGCUAGAAAGCAAACAUCUAUCUGUAGUCCUACAAGAGGAGGAGGGAAGAGACUUGAGCUGUCUUGUAGCUUCCCUUGUUCAGGUGAUGCUGGAUUCAUAUUUCAGGACGAUUACUGGGUUUCAGAGUCUUAUACAGAAGGAGUGGGUCAUGGCAGGAUAUCAGUUCCUAGACAGAUGCAACCAUUUGAAGAAAUCAGAGAAAGAGUCUCCCUUAUUUUUGCUCUUCUUGGAUGCUACGUGGCAGCUGUUAGAACAAUACCCAGCAGCCUUUGAGUUCUCCGAGACCUACUUAGCAGUGCUGUAUGACAGUACUCGGAUCUCAUUGUUCGGCACCUUCCUGUUCAACUCUCCUCACCAGCGAGUGAAGCAAAGCACGGAAUUUGCUAUAAGCAAAAAUAUCCAGUUGGGUGAUGAAAAGGGCUUAAAAUUCCCCUCAGUGUGGGACUGGUCUCUUCAGUUUACAGCAAAAGACCGCACCCUUUUCCACAACCCCUUCUACAUUGGAAAGAGCAUGCCCUGUGUACAGAAUGGCUCUGUGAAGUCUUUCAAGCGGACAAAGUCUUCUGUCAGAAAGAGACUCCCGGAGGAUAAUGCUGUGGUCUCUCCUGUGCAGAAGAGCUACAGUUCUACCUUGAGGGGAAUGCCAUCUUCCUUAAAGAAUGGGAUCAUUGGUGACCAAGAACUGUUUCCGAGGAGAAAUUCACUAAUAUUAAAACGAAAGCCAGACCCACUUCAGCACAUUGACAGUCACAACAGAGAUAUGGAACAAUAUUUUAGAGAGUGGUUUUCCAAACCAGCUGACCUCCACGGUGUGAUUCUGCCUUGUCUCUCGGGAAUACACAUAAAACUGUGGAAUCUGUGCUACUUCCGAUGGGUCCCUGAGGCUCAGAUCCACCUGGGGGGCUCCAUCACUGCCUUCCACAAGCUGUCCCUGCUGGCGGACGAGGUGGACGUACUCAGCAGAAUGCUGCGGCAGCAGCACAGCGGCCCCCUGGAAGCCUGCUACGCAGAGCUGGAGCAGAGCAGGAUGUACUUCAGGGCCCAAGGCCCACACACCACCUCAGGGACACCUGAGUUCCUCUCCUCUUCAUUUCCAUUUUCUCCUGUCGGCAAUCUAUGCAGACGAAGCAUUUUAGGAACACCAUUAAGCAAGUUUUUAAGUGGGGCCAAAAUAUGGAUAUCUACUGAGACACUAGCAAACGAAGACUGAAAUGUAUUAUCUGAACACGUAAAGGGAAGCCCUAACUUCCCUCUGCUAAUCUAGGCAUUUAAAACUCUUAAAAAUUUUAUAUAUAAGAAUAAUAGUUGAAAUUUGCACUAAUAUUUAAAAACAUGUUGAAUCAUGCUACCUUUGCAGGUAAUUUAAGAAAAGUGUAAUUUUGGUUUUUAUGUCCUAUUCCUGUCUACAGUUCUGGCUUAUUUUAGGUGAUUUGCAAACGUUCCCCCUAUUCUUUUAACUGUGAUCAAACUAAUUAGGUUUUCUACAUUUCUGCUGUCUGUGUUCAUUUUUCCUACCACCUACCUAUUAAAGGUUACCCAGUACUUGAUCAGAGUAGCAGUCAGAAGGAGACAGCAGCAAGAGCAUUUCAGAUUGACCAUAGAUCACUGUGGUUUGAAAUUAUGAGUUUGCUUUUUAACUUCAUAGGACUAACUGUUAAAUGAUAUGCACUGUAACUUUAAAGCAUUCAUUGUAGAUGAUACCAUUAACCUUACAAGUGCCUUUGACAUUUAGAUACUGAGAAACAGAAAAAUACAGUUUCACUUUUUAAAAUUACACGCAGCAUGUUGGAUUUAAGAUUUUCACUCUAGGCUUCAUACUAGUAGCCAGGAGUCUCCAGAUCCGCAUGUCUGUCACCACGAGCAUCACCAAGGACACAGUAGCUGGUGGGGGUGCUGAUCCAAGAGGCUCUGCAGGCUUUCAGGCAGGCGGCAAGGCACAGCCCUCGGACCACAGGGCUGCUCAGAGGCCUCUGGGUUCCCAUCAGUGUGUCCAGCCUGCUGAACUGCCGUUGGCACAGGGCACAAGUUGGAGCCCUGCCUGGAGGGCCCUCUUCUCUCAGAGUUCUUAAUCCUUAGGAAUAGGGAACAUGGACUUAUCUCAAACACUGCCGCUUUAAUAAGGAGAGAAGCGCUCCUUUCCACACACUUUCCUGACAGGAAUACAAAGAGGAGACAAAAGCACACGAAGGUGUAUUUUUGGUCUGAAAUACCCUUGUUUUCAAAGUGACAAGCUGGCCAACUUUGCAAGGUAAAAAUAGCCUAAGCUCCCUGUGCACUGACUGAUACUUCAUGCCAUCCCUCUCCAAGUGCACACACAUCCCAUUAUUUAACUGUUAAUUUCUUAAGAUUCUGAAAUUUUUUGUAAUGUCUCAAUUUCCUUUUCUAAAAUACAUUUUUGGAAGAUAGUAUAUUUUGCCUUUAAGUGAGCUGAGUAGUGGUUUCUACUUUAAUUAUUUGCCUUUUAAAUUUUUUGAUAAUAUCUCUGGAUUUAACAAGUCUUUAUACAGUGUCCUAGGAUAAAUUCAUCCUUUGGAUAAACAAUGUUUUUGCCAACUGGUUGCCUAGAAAAUAAAGGCUAUUUUCAGUUCAUACAAAUAGCUUUAUGGGCACUAAAGCUUUUACAGUCCUUGAUUGGAAACCAGCCUUGAUUGCCUUAAAACACAGCAUUUCCUGCCACUGAAAGUAUAAUUCUUUUUUCAUUAAGCUGCCUUUUUUAUUAUCACAAAUGUUUCUAAAUUUAGUUUUUGGAUUCAGCAUUUCUCUAAUUUUCUUCCCUCACACUAUUUCAGUUCCCUUUUAUAACUUUUCUGAAUUUAUAAGUUUAAAAAAGAUUAGGUACUAUUAAUACUGUCUUAAAAUAGAAAAUUGCAUAUUUUUGUAUGAUAAUCAAAUGUAGUGAAAUAUGGAUUUUUUGUUGAAUAGUUGUUACAUAAUGUUUAUUGUGCAUAGUAUGAAAAACAACUAUCACAGCCUUGUCUGGGUCACUGUGAAACUUGAGGAGAAAUGACACUGGUGACGUGAAGUGU